UGAUUGUUUACUUUUGUUAGUAGUAGAUAUAGCUGUUCUCACUUUUCAUCUACUGAAAUACUGAAUAUUGAUCUACAUCCAUGGUUUCGGAAAACUGCUUAAUGUCCGUUAUAUAUGUUUCAGACGUUUCAGUAUUUCACUAAUCUUUAAUUCAGCUCAACGCUUGUAUUGUGUAUUCUUUAUUCUGAUCUAGAAGCAGAAAACACAAGUGCCAUUUUGAAUUUACCUUAACAUCUAUCUUAAUUCACAAAGAUGUGUAAUCGAUCUACAACUAUAGAUCAAAUUGUUAAAGAUCGAUUCAACAUACGACUAAUCGAAUCCAAAUGGGUUGAUAAAGUAGAAAAAUUAGUUUACACUGCUCUUCAAAAACGAAAUGAAGAUGGUCAAGAUUUAACUACUGUUAAGUUUGAAGAAUUAUACAAAGAAGUUGGUGCACGUGCUCGUGAUGCGUUACCAGUUGAAAUGGAAGUUGAGUUUCAUGAGAAAAUGGAAGACUUUCUAUCAUCAAAUAUUGAUGGUAGUGAUAACCCUUAUAAUAUGAACUCAUCAGAGUCUAGUUCUCCUUGUGCAACAAACGUUGAUAUUCCUUCUGAUGCUUCCUCUGAUAAUAUGUUGGCUGAUAUUUUUGAUAGUACUUUAGAUGUUAAUAAUGGAAAAUUAAAACCUAAAUAAUAUUUUGUGUAUCAUAUUUCUAAAAUGAUAUAAAAUGAUUAAAACUCAUUUCUGAAGCAUCUAAAAGUAAUAAUAUUUUAAUAUACUUGAUAUUUGAAUUGGCAUCUAUUUUCUUUUAUUCUAUAAAUAAGUUCAUUUUAUCAUUAUAUAUAUCUAAAAUAACUGAAUUUGAUUCCCUAGUAUUAAAUCAUUUCAUUUAACAAAAUAACUUUUACAUUGAUAAUCUAGAAGUUUUCUCACUCUGUGUUUCCUCAUUUCUUGUGAUAUGUAAAUAUUAUAUCAAUUAAGCUUAUUGUCCUAUCAUUGCAACAGAUUGUGUAAUAAAAAAUUAUGUUAAAAUUUUCAUGUGUGAUAUUUUAGAUUUUAAUUUACUGUAAGUAACUGAUUUUGAAUUGUAUAAAAUAAUUAUAAUUGUACUAACUACUAUCUAGUAUUCUAGUGUACCUACCUUCAUAUUUUGAACACAAUUUAUGUUUUAAAAAAACUAGUUUGUAUCCUUACAUGUGAAAUGAUUCUACUGUAAUAGUGUUUGAAUAUUAAAACUGAACAUGUAUAAUUUUGCCAAAAUAAUAGAAUCUCUUGAACUAUGA